UAAUUGUCAUGUUGUACUACAAAAUCAUGACCUCUCUUCACAAUUCCUCGCCCUCGACUCAGGGGAUGGCGGAGGAGACGCCCUGGAAUGAAACAGCACACCUGCGGCCUAGGAGAAGGAGCAGAGGUGGGUGGGGGGUCGUCGUCUCCAGGUCGAGGCUGCGGGGUAUCUCACGGACAGCCCCAAACCCAUCAAAUCCCCAGAGGAAACGGGUAAAUUUGGAUCCGUCGCUGUCCCACUCCUCAAACCAAACACACCAUCUAUUACUCCCUCGGUCCCGGAUGUCUGAGCCGAAGCAUUCUUCUUCGCCUCCUGCUGGUACGGUGUAUCAUCGUGUCAUCCACCUGCCGCUGCUGAUCGGGGAGGACACGGAGGCUGCUUGCCAUGGCGACCGCGGCGAAACCCGUGCUGUACAAUGCCUGGAUCAGCUCCUGCUCCCACCGUGUCCGCAUUGUGCUCAACCUCAAAGGUGUGGAUUAUGAGUACAAGUCCGUAAAUCCCAGGACAGAUCCAGAUUACGUAAAAAUCAAUCCACUGAAUUAUAUUCCAGCAUUAGUAGAUGCAGACGUAGUUGUUUCCGAUUCUCACGCCAUCACAUUGUAUUUGGAAGAUAAAUAUCCUAAGCAUCCUCUCCUACCUAAUGAUCUCAAAAGGAAAGCUCUUAAUCUUCAGAUCGCAAAUAUAGUUUGUUCAAGCAUUCAACCUCUUCAAGCUCAAGGCUAUGCCAUUAUUGGUGUGCAUGGCGGUAGGUUGAGCCCCGAUGAGAGCCUUCAAGUGAUUCAGUAUUAUAUUGACAAGGAAUUCAGAGCGAUCGAAAAACUUUUAGAAGGAUGUGAGAGUAAAUAUGCUACUGGGGAUGAUGUCCAAUUGGGAGAUGUGUUUCUAGCACCACAGAUCCAUGCCGGUAUACAUCGCUUCCAAAUUGAUAUGUCAAAGUACCCAAUUUUAGCAAGACUUCAUGAUACAUACAUGGAAACCCCAGCCUUUCAAGAUGCGCUUCCUGAAAAUCAGCCAGAUGCACCUUCAUCAUGAAAGUCAAGAUUACAAGCAAGCUAGACCAAUAUGAAUGUUUUUCAUUAACAAUUCAGAAGGGCAGUCCCAGCUUCCUUCAAUACCCUUGUUGAAGGCCAGCCUACCCUUGUGUAUCAUGAUUCAACAGUCACUGUUUGACAUUUUAGCUGUUCCCUAAUAAUGUGUACACUUUUAAUGAA